AGUAUGUAUAUAGGCAGAUGAUUUCUUUUACUGUAUCAUACAAUCAUGGCUGAACAUCCAUGUAUUUACUGCAAUAUUGAGGUCACUUCUCGUGCGCACGCUAUUGCAUGUGAUUCAUGUGGAAGAUGGAGUCACCGUAGACACACCGAAAUUACCCAUCAGCAGUACAUGCAACUGCGCAGUGGUGAGGUACAGAUAGAGUGGUUCUGUAAUGGUUGCAGGAACGUCGACGAACCACCACCACCACUUGAAAUCCCGGUAUCGCCACUCAGAAAUCUUGCACAAGAAGAUCUAAGACAUGGGGGUAACACUACCAUACCAGAUGUGUCAUUCGACCUAGCCCAAGAGUACGAACGACCAACACCAGUGGUAGACACGUCUUUACCUGAUGACCUUGAGCUGAACGACGAAAUCCCCGCCGACGACGCCGUAAUUACGUAUGAGAUUGUGGAGUCCGGGACUAAGCGAGGUGCGGCGAAACUGAUCAGUUCGGAUGGAUAUUCUUACACGAAGGGGGUAACGUCCGGAGAGAGACAAUUCUGGCGAUGCUCGGUGCGAAACAAGACAGUAAAAUGUCCGGCAUCCGUGAAACAGUACCGCGACAUGUUCACAUCGGGUGUAGCAGGACACGUUCAUCCACAAGAUCCUGGUGCUACAAAAAAGAUGAAAAUAGCUAAGAAGGUGAAGGAACUGGCGCGACCAGAAAGAAAUAAUAAAACAUAUAAAUAAAUAUAAAAUUCAACA